AUGGCUCGUACCAAGCAGACCGCUCGCAAGUCCACCGGCGGGAAGGCGCCCCGCAAGCAGCUGGCGACCAAAGCCGCCCGGAAGAGCGCCCCGGCCACCGGGGGUGUGAAGAAGCCUCACCGCUACCGCCCUGGGACUGUCGCCCUGCGAGAAAUCCGUCGCUACCAGAAGUCGACGGAGCUGCUGAUUCGCAAGCUGCCCUUCCAGCGUCUGGUGCGGGAGAUCGCGCAGGAUUUCAAGACUGAUCUGCGCUUCCAGAGCUCUGCGGUGAUGGCCCUUCAGGAGGCGAGCGAGGCUUACCUGGUGGGCCUUUUCGAAGAUACCAACCUGUGCGCCAUCCACGCCAAGCGGGUCACCAUCAUGCCCAAAGACAUCCAGCUGGCUCGCCGCAUCCGCGGAGAAAGGGCUUAA